GUUAACGAUCGCGAUUAAGAUGGAGACGAUACGUAGCCGAUUAGCCUGCAAGUUCGUCCUGCUGUCAAUCUGCAUUUACCACGCCUCCGCUGAGUCGGGCAUCGAAAAUACGGAAACGAUUUCAGAGAUGGGAGCACCCGAAGAAAAUGUCGAGCUGACCACGAUCGCGCAGACUAUCAGACGGGGCAGAGCGUACAGACGUGGUUACAAUGCCAGAGGGGACAACAAAGAUUACCACAACGAUCAGCAGGAUCAUUAUGGUAACAUGGACGAUGAUAAUAUGGACGAUCACGCGGUCGACGACGAGAACGAUUACGGUCAUACGAAGGCGAUGAGUCAGCCUAAAGUCGAUUAUUGGGCCGGUUACUACGACUUUCUGAUCAAUGAAGGGAGCUACAAAUUUUGGGCCGUUUUCCAGCUCGCCACUGCAGCUUUGCUGAUCUACAGCGGUUUUGCGGCCCUCUACUACGCAAAAGUGAAUCCCCCGACCACGGACGAUGACUACGACGACAUAUUUCGCCGGCGACGACGACGACGACGAAGGAGACGCCGUUCGCUUCCGCUUGUGGCACGCGACAGGCCAUUCGUCGGACUGGACGCUGUCACGUUUCAAAGGAUAGUCGAAGCCGCAGACGCCGAACGAGCGCGUUGA